CCAUUGACUUUAAUUUGUUCUCAUCACUUAUCGUGAGCGAAUUUCAAGUUAUUUGUGUUUGGAAAAGGAGUGCAAAAGUAAAUUGCCGAAAAAUGCGCUAACAAAUGCAAUCACAGUAAAGUAUGUGACUGAUAAAAAAGGCCAAAGACCACAGCAAAACAAACGAAAAAGGAAUUCCAGUUUGCAGCAGCGUUCAAUGUAAACGCUAGGCAAAUCAGAUAGUAGAAACGAUGUCCGGGAAGUUACAACGAAAUGCGGCAAUUGAAAACGCCAAUGCGACCGGUGAAGGAACUUCCCAUGAGAAACUCAAUUAUGGCCUAACUACUCGAGUUGCAUUAGCGCGUCUGCACGAUGAUAUCGAAAAAUUGUUGCGUGAGCAUGAGGCCACCUACGCCAAGGAGAGCUUCUAUCGGAGACUGCGUUCGGCGUUCGUAAAGCCCAGCGAUACACCAUUGGGAUGGCCUGCAAUCACUGCCACACUAUUCACCAUGAUUGCUCUACUAAUUGGCGACGCGUAUCUGGCUGCGAUCUGUGUUGCGGCUAUCUUAUCAUUAGAUUUGUGCGUGGUGGUGCGCGAGAACAAUUUACGUCGCACCGAAAUCUACCGCAAGACACGUCAGGCACUCGCCGAUAUAAAACUCGCUGAACGGGAUCUAUGUGGCGAGUGGCAACCAUGCAAUUAUCCACAUCUUUGUUGUCCAAUUUCGCCAUGCGUGUCAUUGCAGUGGACGUAUCGCGAUGGUAAUAUUGUGAAUCUUCCGUGGGCGCUCCUAGUGCGGGGCGAUCACAUCGUGCUACGUCCGGGUCAUAUCACUCCCGGUCCAUGUACGGAAGUGAAUGGCAAGCGCACAUUUGAAAUGCAUGAAAUAUAUGGCCCAACACAGGUGAAUGAUCCGCCAGUGCGUCCAUUGGCGAGAGCACCGCUACCCGAUUUGGUGUGCAGCUUACAGACGACGCCGUUUUUGGAUAACUUGCGUGUCAUUUUGGAGAACGCUUUAAAACGACCAUCAACGAUUUAUAAUCAGCAGCGUUAUUUGCUGGUGACGAAAUACAUCCAACAAUGGGGCUUCAUAUGUGCUCUUUGUUUAACACUUUUCGCCGGCUUACUACGCAUAAAUGGUUUGAGCAGCUCGCCCAGUGCGGGGCGCCAUUCCGACGAACAGCAUUACUGGAAAUAUGUUUUUCUGGAGACCCCAGCUGCCGCGGUAAUACCACUACUUCCACUCAUUUUCCCCAUCAUGUGGAUAUCGAUGAAUUUGUGGGGUGUUGCCAGACUACAGUGUUUUCUCAAAAUACCACAAGUGCUUAUCACUAAGGACUCCGAAAAGUCAUUCGAAGAAGACUUGGACACUCCCACCUUUGACUAUGAGAAUAUUUCGUUACUACGUUCAAAUGUCUUCCGCAAUUGGUGGCAGCUAUGGAAUGGUGAUAGUGAAUUGCUACCGCGUUCAUCGAAUUUGGUACAAGUUUUGGGUUCCAUCACUGCCCUUUGUUGCAUAGAUAAGAAAGGCAUACUUUCAUGGCCAAAUCCGACGGCUGAAAAAGUGUUCUUUUUACACGAUACUGACGACGAACACUUAGAUGAGCGCAGCACUAGUUGUUCUACGUUGAAUACGGAAAGCAAUCGAACGAGUCAGGCCGAAAGCAAGGAUGGCGGCAUUGUGGCCGAAGUUCUGGAUCUUACACAUGAUCAGCAUUGCCCGUUCCGUUUGGAGUUCGAUGAUCAUGAGUGGAAGUCGCAUAUUAAAUCUCUUAAACCAUUAGGUCUCGCAAUACUACUAAACACGUGCUCGCCCUUGACACACGCACAUUACGCGCAAUUCUGUGGGCAUGUAACCGCUGUGGCAAUGCUGGAUAAAGAUUUAGUGCCCGUCACAAAUCGGUAUGCCAUCGUUGACUCCAGUUUGACUAGCUUUUUGCAUGGACGUUGUCUCUGUGAAUUGGCCAAACAAAUCGGUUUUACCGAUCACGCCACAGAUCGUUUUUCGCUCGAGGGUCAGCUUGCUUCCUACAGGCAUUUGCAACCGGAGGUAGUUCGCCGUGACAUACGCUUCGCACGGCAACUCCAACUUUCAUCCAAAGUGAAGGUGCCUUUUCCACACUCAUUGUCGGUUGUGAUGCGCGAAAACCCUGGUGGCUACCUUUCGCUCUUCACGCAAGGCACCGCCGACAUAAUAAUGGAUUUUUGUGAUGAUUUCUGGGAUGGCAAAGAUUUGCGCCCACUGUCGGCACAGGAUCGCAAAAAAGCGCUCGAUUUCUAUCAACGCAGCGCACUCACCGCCUACUGCACGGCCUUUUCAUAUCGCCCACUCCGUCAUGGCAUCAAUGGUGCGCUAAGUGGCGCAAAACACACAGGCGGUCCCAUCGCUUACCUCGAGUUACCACCCGAGUCAAAAAUACGUAUGCAACAUGUAGAUCGUGCGCAUUGUGACUUUGAGAGUGGGCAUGGUCAUGCCAAAUUGAGUCACAGCAUCAGCACCGAUUCGCUGCUAUUCUCCGAGAGCAAAGACGAUGACAUUAACGAUGUGGAUGGUUGUUUUGAGAUGCAAUGCCAUCAGGUGUUCAUUGGUAUGGUUACGAUGCAGUACCAGGCCCAGACCGAUAUUGUGCAGCUGGUGGAGCGACUGGAACGCGCUUGCAUACGAUUUGUGCAUUUCAGUAAGGAAAAUGAGCUACGCUCGCGUGUGUUCUCGGAAAAAAUGGGCCUCGAAUCGGGUUGGAAUUGUCAUAUAUCGCUGUUGAACGAAGCAGACGAUAAGGCAUCGACGAAUACUGGCGCCGCCACAAACGCAAAUGCUGAAAAGGCUAACAACAUUAGUGGUACGUCAGCGGCAGGGCAAACGCCCAUGCGCUCUGGUAACAAAGAUGCGCAUACUAAUAUUGCGAACAAUCAUGAUCACACAACAGCCAUUAUCACCAUAAACAACAACAACACUGCCACAAGCACCAUCAAUUCGACCACCACUGCCAUUACUAGUAAUAAUACUUCAUUGCCUCAUAAUGUUGAAAACAUGAAUCAGUGUAGCAGCACCAUGCACCCCAACACAACCAUCAGCAACCAAAACAACAACAACAACAGUAGUAUUAGUAGCACGCAUCACACUCAUCAAACGCACCUAAAUACAUCGAACAUUGCAGGAGGUGUUGGAGGCGCUGGCAACGACGCCGAUGACGAGGGUAGCGACUUGCAUCGACUGCUGCCGCCACCCAAUCUCGAGUCUUCCAAAACGCUUAGCUCAUCAGCUCCUGGCGCAAUCUCCAAUCCCGACGACUACAAUGCGGUGCAGCUCAGCUCAACGCCGACAUCUCGUCGCAGUAGCGCCAGCUAUGGUGAUGGUAACGACAAAGAGCAAUCCUUGCACUUAGUUGGUGAUGGCGGGGUCGACGCAGAAGGAGCGCAUGCUAGCAAAGCUACUGCCGAUGCUGUUGCAGAGGAAAACCGCCAAUCGGAGGAUUCCGCCAUGGAUGAAAACUGUCGCUCCAUGAGCAUCAUAACAGAAAGCACCGAACAAAGCGCUCCGGUACACUUUGAUAUGUCGAAUCGUGCCAAAUUGCCGCGUGGCAUCGAGAAUAUACGUCCACAUUUGGAGCAAGUCGAUAAUGUACCGUUGCAAGUGUCACUUUUCACCGACUGCUCGCCCGAAGCGACACGUCAAAUGCUCGAUAUUAUGCAGUCGUAUGGAGAGAUUGUCGUCUGCCUCGGCUCUUCGGCAAGCAAUUCAAAUGCGAAAAUUUUCUUGCAGGCUGAUUGCAGCAUUGCUGUGGAGCCAUUAUAUCCGCAAGUUUGCCAAGAUAUUGCUGCAUUCACGGAGAGCAAUUUGACUAAUAAUAAAUUACGCCUGCUACGCCUUAAAAAAGAUCUCAAUGGCGAGGAGAAGUAUGGCAGUCAUGAGCCCUACACCACCGAAGAAUUGCUCGAGAGCGGCUUCUAUGGGAAUGACGAGCCACAAAUGCGCCCAAUGCAAGCAUCUGGCAACACCCUGUCGCCCGUCUAUCUCAGCCGACUACUGAAUUCGUUGGCCUGUUCAAUAUCCGUGUGUCGUGACGAGCCUUUGUCACUGGUGGCCAUUAUCGAGCUAUCGCGUCGUUUCUCUUCAGGGCUCUGGAAUUGUAUACAAUAUUGGGCUUGCUGUGCUGGCGCACUUUCCGUAAUUAACAUCUUGAGCGCCUGCCUUUCAUUGCCACCGCUACUGACGCCGCUCAUGGUGAUCUACUUGAUGAGCAUACCGGUGCCACUGAUUGCUCUAGCGCUGGCGCACAUCGAUAUUGACCCGAAGAUUAUGAACCGCGCAACGGGGAAGAAACAAACUGAGUAUGACACGCAAGUUUUUGGUUUUGUGCUUUGGUGUUACGGCUGUAAAUUUAUCGCGCCUAUUUUGGUAUUGGUUUUGGCCUAUUGUACAUUUAUGGCCCAUCCCAUCGAGCUCAUGGACAUUGAUGAAGAAAAAUUUCAUAUAAAUCUGCAUAUUGCGCGCAUUUUUUCAUUUCUUGGCAUUUUAGUGCAUUUUGUCGUGAUUUCUGGCUGCUUCGUGCAUCGCGAUCACUCGCUGUGGCAGCGCAAUCCCUUCCGCAAUCGCAUUUGGGCUUUCACCUGCGGCUGUACGCUGCUCGUGCACGUCGUCAUAUGCGCGGUGCAAAUAUUGCUGCACGACACCUACUACCACGAGGUAUGUGGCAUGUGGCCAGCAAUAGUUUUUCUCUACUGUGGCAGUUUUAUAAGUCUGAUUAUCACAGAAAUUUGCAAGUGGCAAGAGAUUAAAGUAAACACACGUUAUCAACGCCGUGCGAGGCUGGACUUUGGCACCAAAUUGGGCAUGAAUUCACCGUUUUAAAAUUGCGACUGAUCAUAAGCAUUGAGUAUUCAAAAAUCUAAAGAGACUAAUUUCGUUAUCAAAGAAAUAAAAAUAAAACGAUGCAAGAAGCGCAUUAAAAAGACCAUAAAUUUACGAAAAAUCAAAAACUAUAAUACAAUUAAAAAAAAUACUACCCUUGUACACAUGUGUGCGCGGCUAUAAAAAAUAUAUUUAAAUAUAAGAAAAAUGAUGAGCAAUUCAAGGCCUAAUGUAUGGGCUGCAGGAAAAAAAUCAAAGAAGAUUAAAAAAAAGUUUGCUUGUACUUACAUUUGUGCCGCAUGCGGAAUGCGAAUGCGCCGCUGAGAAUAUCCAUCUAACAACAUUCUCUAACGUAUAGCAAAAUGCAUUUACAAAUAUGAAUUUACGUAGAAGAAAAAAAAGUGUAAGGUUUUUGAAAACCUUUAAUGCCGAAAAGCGAUAUUCAAUUGACAUUAAAAAUUAAACCAAUUAAGGGGACAGAUGCCUGUAAACGGCCAUAUUCUUUCCUGAUUUUCAUUAAAAUUAUUUAAAAUGAAGAAGUCAAUAUAUUUUUUUCAAAAUUGGCAUACAGUUUAUUUAUACAUUAAAAUAGUAUAAAUUUUUUUUUUAUUUUAAUUAUUUAAAAUGGCGGA